AUGGCUUCCACAACGUCCGUCCAGAAUUGGCUGGGCCAGGAGCUUGAAACGAGGGGUGUCGAUGCAGUGGUCUACACUCGCUACAUCCUCAGUAUCUUCCAGCAAGACAGCUUCGACCUGGAGCAGGACCCUGAGCCCGUUGUAGCUGCCCAGUCUGCUGUCCCGCCUCCAACUCACAACCAGCAAUCCAAGGUAGGCGUGGAAGGUGGAGGGGGCAUAAGCUCUACCUUCGCUGGCUACCACCACCAUCAGGCGUUGCCGGGCAGGAAAGAUAAAGGGAAAGGUCGAUGUAAAGGGAAGAACCAUCACCUUCGAUGGCAGACUCCAGAAGAUCUUAAAAAGGAUGCAGUAGUGAAGUGUCUCCAAUCUGUUGCUGAAAAGGACUGUGGCAUCGAAGGCCUCGUUGAGGAGCUGUGUCUCAAGUUAAAGAAAGUCCAGGAGGAGAGGGAAGAAAAUGCCACACCCUCGCAUUCCCCGGACAACAACUCACAGAAGUCCAGCGAUGGAGCGAGCCAGACAGAGAGGUAUUAUGAGGCCUUUCCUGCUCUGAGCGACAAGUCCAAAGCUGUGGCAGCAGACAUCAAACCAAAAGGGGCAUGGAAAUCAAAAGCCAAACGCAACAACUCAACAGGCUCCAUCUCUAAUCCCCCCAGCGAUCGUGAGCUGGAGACUCUACCAGACAAGAGUGUAUCUGCCUCGGUCUCCCGCAACAGUCACUCUCCAGUGGGUUUCCAGGGCAAUCAGUACCAGCGAGCUCAAAGCCUUCCUAGCAGCCUCUCACGCAACCAGAACAAGAGUCCUACAUUCGUUGUCCCGAAGUACCAAGGACGCAAGGGUCAUCACCGCACAUAUGGCCACAGCCAAGACAAGAGUGCAAAGCGGCAUCACCGAGACUGGGAUUGGGGCAGUCGAGUUGACAGAGUAGAGGGAAAGUACAAGAAUGUAGCUGGCUGGAAGAAAGGUGACAUGUUUCCUGAAUGGUACAGUGAAAGUGGGGAAGGUCAAGCUAACUUGAAUCUCCCAUUGGAUGGCAGUGAUUUGGAAGCGACAGAAGAGGCUAGUCAGGAAGUUUUCCUUGAGGCGAAUGGUGAUAGUAAUGAAGAAGAGCGUCUGGAAGAGGCAGUCAACACAAUGGCUGAGACACUGUGUCGCAGCAUAAUGGAGGAGUGUGACGAUGACAAGCCUUUUACAAAGAGCUUAACUAUCCAUGGACUGCUGAUCGAUGACCAGGAUAAGGAUAUGCUAGGAAGAGGGGACAACUUAAAAGAUUGGUACGCAGGUUCCACAAGAAUAGGUGACUUCAAACGUGAGGUCAGCAUGGCUCCCAUAGAUGUAAAUGGUCAACACAAUCUAUCAUCAUCUAUGUGGGAGAAGAAUCUUGUGCCAGGGAGUCCAUCGUGUGAAGGCCUGCAGGAGCCCUGGGAAAACAAUGCAAGAUCUUGCCUGCCUACUGCUAGCAGCCCCCCAAGUACUUCAUUAUCAAGUGGUGCUCCUGAUGUCAACCAUCAUGGAAGUGAUCCAACCAGUCCAAGGAGCCUGCUCGGAGAUUCUGCACUUGAAGAUCUUUCUGAUGCAACAUCUCUUACAGGAGAGCUGAGAGUUGACAUUGAUCACCAUCACAUGGAUAGUGCUCCCAUCUCGCCACGCAAUGCUCCCAUUGGGACUGGACGCAACAAUGACAGCCUCCUGCGUAUCUGUGACCAUACCCAUGCACACUCCAAUCCUUACGAUCCCCAAGGACCGGGCACUCCCUCAGGAUGGGGGAUUUCAAGUGACAGCUCCCAAGGCCCGCUGCAAUCAACACCUGGCAUACCAGGCUUACCAAGUGACCAGUCCUUCAGUGCAGAUGAUGACAGCAUAGUGCAAAGCAUUUGCUCAUCUCACAAAGAUGGUUCACUACUAAACCUUUCAAGUGAAGCUCACUCCCUGGAUAUGAAUAAUGCUCUCUGGGCAACAUAUGAUUCCAAACAGCCGCAAUUUCACCCUCCAAAGAUUGUGACAUGGGAUGAAAACAUAUUUUCUGGAUUUCAACCUAUGUCUAAGAUGUCUACUUUCAUUGAGGGUGGUGUCUAUGGCAGCCCUUAUAGCAGUCACAACAACAGUCAGUUCAAUAGCUGCUCUACCAGUCCAUGUAAUGACAGCAGUAUAAGAGAACUCUGGGAAGCUUCUCACAAUAGGGACACAACAUCAUCUGUGUGCUCCCUGGAAUGCCUCUUGAGUCCUCAGCCAUGUGGUACAUCAUGCUGCUCUCAUCAGGAUGAGCAGAGCGUCAUUGAAGAUAGUCUUGUGGAUAGCCCAAAGUAUCUCUGCUCCCGAAGCUCAUCCCGAUUUGACUUUGCAAGAAGUGAUGCUGAGAACAGCGAUGACUCAAGCCCCCCUGGAACUGAAACGGACGAGAUGAUAUCUGAAGAUGAAUGGGUUGAGGAAGUUCCUAGGGAUGUGCAUGAUGUAAAAGGAGACAAAGGCGAUCAAAGUGACAAUGACCGUACCCCGAAGGAAAAGUCUCCUGGAGUGAUUCACGAAGGAAGCCUGAACAGUCAGCAGGGUUCUUCUGCAAACAGUCAGCAAGGGUUCUGUGGAAAUUCUCUAGGGUCAGGCAAAGGCACAGUUGUCAGCCAGCAUCUCCUGUCUGCAGGCUGGAAGAAAAAUGAAGGACCUUCUUCUGCCAGUCCUGACAAAUCUGAUUUAUCAAAAGAUAGAGCCGAGCUAACAUCCUCAUCUGAAAGACCUUUCAUUUCAGAAGACUCACACUUUAAGCCAAUUCAGUUUGAAUCAAAGACACAACUUCUUGGAUUUUCCUCAGAAGAUAAAGUGGACUUUCAGCCAUUCGAACCAAGGAAAUACACCCGAAGUACAUCAAACCCUUCUGGUCAGGACUCUGUGUCUUCUCAUAUUUCUGGAGGUAACAUAAGUAACGUUUGGAAACCAGUCCAGGGAUCUGCUCCUCAGAUGUUUCUGUAUGGCAGGGACCAAGGUCUUCAACCCUCCAAGCCACCAGAGGACAUCACUGCCAGAAGCACCAGCCAGACAUCCCAGCUGCAUCCUGGUGGGUUCGGAGUUGGUAAAUUCCCAGACUCAUUUACCAGUACUGGUCCUGCUCCUCUGUACCCUAACCAACCCAGAGAUUCCGAAGGCAUUUGGAGGUGUACCUACCCUGGAGGAGCUGGUGCAGAUAUACAAGACCCAGGAGGGGGCCAUAGGGCAGGAGGGGCAGUCAUAGCCGACAACUGGGGAUUCUAUGGUGUCAGACCUCCUGGAAUGCAACAACUUGACCAUGAUACACCACUGAUGUACCCAGAUGAAGAUGAUACCUUUCUUCAUGAGGGCCUCCUGGUAGACCAACCACUGGAAUCACAUCCUCCUCAAAGAUCUCAAGGCAGAUUCAAAAGAAGAAGUGGAGCUAACAAUGUAUGCAAGGAGUUCCUAGAGGGCUGCUGUACCAACAACAUGUGCGGUUACUCCCACGACACCAGUCAUGUGACCUGCGGCCAGUGGUUAGAAGGGAGGUGUGAGAGGGGGCCCUUCUGCAAGUUCUUGCAUGGAUACACCAGUAACAUGUCCUCACAAAAUAGUAGCAGAGCUUGCUCAAGAAGUGGAAGUACAGAUGAAACAGAAGAAACUUCGUGGGACCAGCAUCAGCGGCCGUCAUUCCCUGUUGUCCCCGACCUGAUGCGGUUGCCGGGAUACCAGAGCAGCGGAGGACAUGGAAGAUCUCUAGGAGAAGGGGAGGGAGGGGAGCAUAUGCGUUCGUUACCUAUCAACAUCUCCUCCAAAAACAGAUGACGAAGAGCCCUCUACCGUGAUUGGUAGUACAGAUUAAUAGUAGGCUAUUUAUAUAUAUAUAAAUAUAUCUUUAUACAUAUUGAACAUGCUUUAUUUAUAUAAUGUCAAUCACUUUAAGUGUAUACGUACGGGAUAGCAAAAAUCUGUGAUUGGUGAUAUAGUAUAUUUGUGUUGAAAAGAAGUUGAAAUUUCUUUGCUUUGAGAGUUCAAAGCAGUCAUAUGGAUGUAUCUAUCUUUAAAGUUUUAUCUUGCAGUGUUCAGGACUGAAAGAUAACUGCGUAUUAUCUUUCAAAAUGGGAAUGAAACGAUUGUUGAGGUAAUGGCAACAAUUUAAACGGAUAAAGAAAUUGAUGAUGGGUUACGUACUGUUCUUUUUCUUUAAAAAAACAAGAAAAAAAUAAGACAUCACUCAGUGAUUCUCAUUUAUAAUUGACCAUUUCGUGAGAUGAAAGCUCUCUGCAUUAGAGAUAAUAACCAGGUGGUCUAAUACCAGUAAUUCUGGUAUGGUAUAAAGUAUCGCUAUACCAAUUUAGUCUACUAUCUUUGGUCUAAUUGCAACAGCACUUUGGCUCAUUGUCAUUUUGUUGAAUGGUGAAAGAUGCUGCGACUGAUGGGACACCAAGCGUUCACUGUCAAGGUGUUGGCCUACACUUGCCUCUCUGCAUCCGGGCUAUAAAUUUUUACCUGGUAAGAUGCGUAAGCCAAUGCAGUAUGCCCAUCAUUCGAGCUUGGAAACUGGCUUGAAAGCUCCCUAGGAAGUGGAAGAAGUGGAGCUUGGAAGUUCUUGUUGGAAUGCUCCAGAUGGAAUGGAACAAAUGGCAAUUCCCCAAGAUCAAGCGGCUAUACUGAGCUGCCAAAUAGUACUGAUUUCCAGGAAUUAUUACUGACAAGUGAGAAGAAUACUGAUGGUUUCAUGCAAAAUACUGAUUUCUACAGUUUCAGUUUCAUGUGUUAUCCUAUGGUAUUUCUUUGAAAAUUUGAUUUCCUCUCCAAAAUUUUUCAAGCUUUUUAAAUACUGAAUGCUCUCGGUCAGGUUCAUUUCAUGAGUGUUAUCCUAUCAGCAUCACCUUCUCCAAAAUAAAGUCAAAAGAAGCAAACUAAAACUCCCAUUUCAUGCAUUCACCAUGAGGGAGUGUCCUGAUACAUUUGUAUUUUUCUAAGAAACUUUUGAAAGCCAUUGAAAAAAAAAACUUACUGUAUGAAAUACAGUGUGUAUUUUUACCUGUACAUUGAAAUAUAUGUGAAUAAGAAAGAAAUGGAUUAUAGAUUGCGAAAAGCAGUACAUUUAUGUAAUUUAUUGCACAUUUUGGUAGCAAGUGUAAAAACGCAUAAAUAAAUAAAAUUGUGAAAAGUAUCACUCUCGUGAGCCAUUAUUGGAUAAGGAAUAUUAUAUGUUGUAUAUUGAGCAAAACAUUGGGAUUUAACCACUUUUUAAGUACACGUAGAACACCUACAUGUAUUUUUGUAAUUUCGGAGAUGAAAAAAGUUGUGGCAGAGGAUUAAAUUCAGAAAUAAUCUGUGAAGAAGUUAGGGUAUAGGUUCUACAAGAUAUACAGCAGUAUUUUUUUUAAUUAUAUAAACAUAUAUAUAAUUUCUCCCUCUGUGGAAAGGAGGAAGUGAUAUUAGCUGAGUAUACAUGUAUAUUCUAGGAUAUGUUGAGUCCAAUUUCUGGCCAGGGUUUCUCUGAAUUUCUGUAUUGUACAUACUACAUGUAUCUCUCACAAUAUGCUCACAGGCGACCAUGUAGCGUACAGUUGGCUUAUAUACAUAUGUCAAUAUAUAUCUUGUGCUGCAUAAUACAUUUGUGAUGAAGUGUUCACCAAAGAUGAGAUACCUAUCACCUGUCCAAAGCAGAAAAGGAUAUGAUAGAUGUAUCUUAAACCAAAUAUUAAAAGCAGUUGUGUUUAUGUGGUUUGAUAAGAAGAGAGCCAUCUACUGUCCCACAUUGUAGAGUGACAAGAUCAUUUGUACACAGCUGUGAAUACAGCACUCCGGAGUCUGUCCUUGAUAAGUAGGUCAGUAAUGAAUGCUUCAAUUCUAGAAUUGGAAUUCUGGAAUUGGUGAUCUCUUACAGUUUCACACUGUCAUAUAUUCUUUCUUUUUUUUUUAAAAUAGAAAGAAAAGAGUAAUAUCAGAAAAAUAGAGUAAAUUAUCUUUUUUACUGUAAAUGAAAUUCAUGAAGCAUUUUAGUGUCGCCAUGUUGAGGUAAUUUGAUGUAACUGUGCUUGUUUUUUUUUUCAUGGUGAGAGUAACGAGUUCAGAAACACUGCACUGUAUAGAAUUAUUAUUUUGUUCUCUACGAUGGUGUUGAAUGGAUGUUAGAAAAAAUGUGAGUCAGAUAGCUUUUGUUACCAGUCUAUCAUAAACUGAAUUUUAUUGCAUUUUAAAUGUAGGUUUAGAAUUUAAUUAUUCUUAUAUAGGUCACAGCAUUUUUCCCCUCCUAAUCAAAUAGGUCUUUGAAAUGUGCGGGAAAAAAAGAAUAAAAUUUUUGUGGCAUAGAUGGUUAUUGGAAGCAAGCAUCACAUUUAAUGUUUCUGUGAAGGACAUUAUAUAUGAUAAUUGCCAUGAUUGUUGGAAAGGGACGUGGGAGAUCGCUGACUGAUGGGGGGAUACAUGUAGGACAGGAUUGUGGUGAAAAGAAAAGGGACUAAGUUCCUCUGCAGUAAGAAUGUCUGGCUGUUACCUGAAAUCGAAUAAAGUUACCAGUAGAAAUGGAAAAUGAUAAUGAAAUGAGUGAUGUUGUGACGCACACACCUAAAAUAUGUGUUGCCAAUUUUGAUCAAAUAGCAAGAGAAACGUCGAGACAAGAUUCCUGAUUUUCUACCGCCCCAUGAUCUUGUAGAUACUUCUUUGUAAGAAGAAAUAAUGAUGAAAUGACCGACUUAAAUGCACUGUACAUGUAUGUGAUUUUAUAAUGAUUCAUAUUUGCUUUAUAGUUGAUGAGUGAUGAAAAGUUCAUAAUUUUGCUAUGCUCAGUUUGUAGAUUACAUUCCAUCUAUGAGAUUUGAUAAUGAGGAAUAGUUUGAUAUCUCAUUGGAAUGAGGAGGAUAUUAUAAUCACAUAUCACACAAAAUAUUGAAUUUCCCUCUCAUCCCAAAUGAUGUAUUGUUGCUUUCAAGUUAAAAAAUGUAAAAUGAAUGAUUAAUGUUUUAUAUAUGUAUAUUGCGGUAUAAAGUAACUCAUUGUUGGUUUCUUUGCAGUUUGGUAUUGAGUGUUCAUAUUUACGUGUAUGCAUAGAUAACCAUGGGCUAGUAUCACAAAGCUUGGUUAUUGAUGUAAAUUGAUUGAUUGCACAAACAAUCAAUGCAAUCAAUCUUAAGCUUUGUGUUACCGGCCCUUCUUUUAAUGUAUUUGAUGUUACAUAAUGUUGGAACUACUAAUCGUAAAGGCCAUGUCGGCAUUGUGUGGACUCUAUGGAAUUAUUAUUUGUUUUUAUUCCAGAGUCUGAGCAGUAGACUAAUGAUACAUAUGUAAAGUGUUAAGACAUGCUGUUACAAGGUACAUGUAUUAAGCGCUUUAUGACAGCAGAAUACGCGGUAAUAUAAUUAUAAUAUUGUGAUUGGUAAAAUGUGAGUAAUUUUUUGCGUGUUAGGAAUAAAUUUCUUGCCAGAGCGAAAGAAACCAUGAAAAAAAAAGAAAACAUAAGUUUGUAUCAAAUUUCAAGUAAAGAAUUGAAGUGAAUGUUCAUGAAAAAGUGUGUGAUGCUCUUGGUAUCACUG